GUGUCUUGCCUUGUGAUGAGGUCCACUGUUUUAGCGAGAAGAUUACGUGUCCGUGAUCUUCCUCCCACCCUGACGAGGGACAUUGCCAGUAAUGAAUUUUCAUCAUUUUUGAAACAGAAAAUGCUGCAUUUUGGUGACAGAAAAGUUGGCGUUGUUGGGUGUCCAGUACAUCACGGACAGGCGAAGCCCGGGACGGAGCACGGGCCUGACGCGCUGAGAGAGGGGGGCCUGAUCAAGAAGUUGAUGGGACUGGGGCUGGACGUGCACGACUAUGGUGACGUGGGGACCCCCAGUCACGAAGACGACCAUCAUUUCGACCUGCCCGUCAAGAACCCCAAACACGUGGCCACCGCCUCGGAAAAUAUCGCUGCCGAUGUGUAUAACGUCAUCAAGUCUGGGAGGACUUGUUUGGCCCUGGGAGGGGAUCACAGCAUGGCCAUAGGCUCUAUCUUCGGCCAUUCCUUGGCAGAACCAGAGCACGUGGUUGUUUGGGUUGAUGCGCACGCAGACAUCAAUACUCCUCUGACGUCAUCAUCUGGAAACAUGCAUGGAAUGCCCUUGUCAUUCCUGGUGAAGGAACUUCAGCCAUACAUCAGCAAGCUUCCUGGAUUUGAAUUCAUCAAACCAUGCUUGUCUGCGAAAAACAUCGCGUACAUUGGUCUCCGGGACGUGGACCCGGGAGAGAGAUAUAUCAUCGAGAAGCUUGGCAUCCAGUCGUUCUCGAUGUCCGAGGUGGACAGACACGGGAUCAAGGAUGUGGUGGAGAAGGCCAUGCACUACCUUGACCCAGAGGGAGUGAAGCCGAUUCAUCUGAGUUUUGACAUUGACGCUUUGGACCCCUCCCUGGCCCCGAGUACCGGGACACCUGUCCCUGGAGGUCUCUCUAUCAGGGAGGGAAAUUACAUCUGCGAGGAACUUGCCGCUACAGGUCGAUUGACAUGCGUGGACAUAGCAGAAGUAAAUCCAAGUUUGGGAAACGAACGCGAUAACCUGAUCACGGUUAAUUCGGCGCUUUCGAUCAUCACGCACUGCUUCGGCGGCCGACGCCAAGGAACCUACCCUAAAAAUUACCAAAUCCCAAUCCCGACGCAUACGAAUCAUGUGGCCCCACCUCCUUCAUAGACAGUUGGGUGUUUGAGAGAGGAAACCGGCAUAAUAUGAUCAUCAAGACUAAUGAUUUAUUUGUUAACAUAAAUAUUAUUAUUAUGUAUGUACUUUUCACAGUGUACAACGAGAGAGAGAGAGAGAGAGAGAGAGAGAGAGAGAGAGAGAGAGAGAGAGAGAGAGAGAGAGAGAGAGAGAGAGAGAGAGAGAGAGAGAGAGAGAGAGAGAACGAGAGAGAGAGAGUUGAUGUAUAUAAACUCAUUUUGUGUAUAGUUCAUUGGUAUUCAUUUUGUGUUUUUAAAACCAUACCAUUUUCAGUUGAUUGAUAUUAAUGAUUUUUUUAUUACUAUAUGUUUACUUGAAUAUGACAGCAAUACAAUAAUUAAACAUCA